AGAAAACUCUAAUGCAUUAAUUUCUUGUUUACAUCCAUCAGAUCAUUUGGUGUUGUUUUUCUCUUCCUACAUUGCACCAUCACAUUUAAUAACAGAGGCUCGCUCCAACACACACGUUCUUCUCACAAGCUUCUUAACUGAAGCUAUUUGACAAAGCAGCUACAGAAAACGGACUUUUUUGUUUCUCUGGUGUUACUUUACACGUGUCUUUCACCUUCAUCCAGUGAGCACCAUGCGCUUCAUCGAGAGCCAGAAGGAGGUAAUUCACACCCUGCGCAACCCGUCGCAGCACUCCGCGACGGACCGCAAGCGGGCGUACAUGUUUCUCUUUGUUUACAUUCUCGGCAGCAUCGCUUUCUGCGGCAACCUCUUCCACUUUAUCAGCGGCUGGAUUGCGGCCACUGUUGUCCAGGUCGUGAUGACGAUUCUCAUCAUGAUCUACGCCUUCAACAUCAACGACUACAGUGACAAGAGUAUGAGCUCCAUGGAGUGCGAGCGGGCGUGCAACCCGUUGUUAGACGCAUACAUUGCCCUUCGUGGUAUCCAGCUCUUUCAGGCACUUAUGAUGCGCAGCUAUGUGUGCAUCAUCGCGUAUGCCGCCAUGCUGGCCCUCACCAUCUACCGGGUAAAGAAGGGGAAGCUGUACGUGGACGCCGUGAACCUGUGGCGCGAAGUGUCGCAAUACGAAAAGGAAGGCUUUUUCUUUAUAGCGAUGGACGUGGUGCUCAUCAUUAUGCUGAUGAUUGUCAUGGUCUUCUCGAUUAUUAACCGGUAUGGAGAUAAGUAA